AUGAGUGCCGGAGCCAGUAGAUUUACCAGAUUUUUGAAUUCAGAAACCGGACCAAAAACUGUUCAUUUUUGGGCACCAGUUUUUAAAUGGUCUUUGGUCAUUGCGGGUAUAAACGAUAUUCAAAGACCUGUUGAAAAAUUAAGUGGAACUCAACAAAUUGCAUUAUUCGCCACCGGUGUUAUAUGGACUAGAUGGGCUGGGUUUGUCAUUCUCCCAAGAAACUAUUUAUUAGCAUCAGUUAACUUUUUCUUAGGUGGUGUUGCAGGUUACCAAUUAAAGAGAAUUUAUGAUUACAGAAAGGCCGCUGGUGAUAAUACUUCAGAAAUAGUGAAUUAUUUCAUACACGGAGCCACCCCAACACAAAUCGAAGCUGCUCCAGUUGAAGCCAAUUAG